AUGGCUGAUGAAGCUGCGUGGGCUUGGAGAGACAACCGUUCACAAAUUUCAGCAAAGCUUGUGGAAGACGACUGGGACUGGGGGGUUUUCGAGGCUUCUAGGCCACAUUUAUUGCCUCUGAAGGUCUUCUUGUCGUGGCACUUCACUUCGGAUGGGCUCUCUGACGGUAUGCUGGAGCCGAUCGACGAUUACGCAUGA